GCGAGAGAGGCGGUGCAGGGAGAUCUCUGGCCCGUCUGCGAGUUUCCCAGCUAAUGGCCUCUACUCUUUCUUUGACUGAGCUUUUCUGGCCUUGUGUUUGCCAGCUCCUUUUUUCGCUGGUGUGGCUAAAGAAAGGACUAGCUGCUGGUUUGUGAGAGGAGAAACAAGCCCUUUGGGGAUUAUUUUUUGGGGUGCAAAGACGUUUGGCGGCACUUUAAGAUGUCACUCUGAAGUGCGCUGCUGUGGGUCAGACGGACCAGCACUCGAGAGGAGGAGGAACAACAGCUACCCAGCAGCUCUGGUUUCAGACCUCUGCAGCACCCUUUGUGUAUGACGAUUCAUUCCGAGCGCAGGACCGCCAGGGAGGGUGGGGAGUAGGGAAGAAUGAGUGGAAGUGGCCUCUCUUGGGACCAGGCUGUGCUCCAGCCUCCCGUGUGUGAUGCCUGGAAGGAGAUUAUGGAGGCAGCAGCCUACCAGCUGGCCAGCUGCAUCGUCCUCCUGGGUUACAUGGGGGGAAGUGGCAUCUUCGGGUCCCUCUAUAUCUUUGGCCUCCUGGCCCCAGGCUACUUCUGCUAUGCUCUGUGGGGCUGGCUGAGCGCCUGCGGGCUGGAUAUCUUCGUCUGGAACAUGCUGCUGGUCUUCGCUUGCUUGCUUCAGCUGGCUCACCUGGCUUACCGGCUCCGCAGAGACACCAUCCCUCAAGAGUUUGACCUCCUCUACAAGACCAUGUACCUGCCCUUGCAGGUGCCCUUGGAAGUCUACAAAGAAAUCGUGAAGUGCUGCGAAGAGCAAGUGCAGUCGCUAGUCAGAGACCAGAACUACGCAGUGGAGGGCAAGACGCCGAUUGACCGCCUCUCGCUGCUGCUGUCCGGCAGGGUCCGGGUGAGCCAGGAUGGGCAAUUCCUUCACUAUGUCUUUCCGUACCAGUUCCUGGACUCUCCAGAAUGGGAGUCGCUGCGACCCUCUGAGGAAGGAACGUUCCAGGUCACGCUGACGGCCGAGACCGACUGCAGCUUCAUCACCUGGCCAAGGAAGAAGCUGUACCUCCUCCUGAGGAAAGACCGCUACGUUGCUCGGCUCUUCUCCUCCCACCUGGGCUACGACAUCUCGGAGAAGCUCUACUCCCUCAACGAGAAGCUCUUCGCCAAAUUCGGCCUUCGCUUCGACAUCCGCCUGCCCAGCCUCUACCACGUCCUCGGGCCAGCCUCCUCUGAAGGGGAGUCGGAGGACUGUGAGGAGGAGAGGCUGUCGGCCUCUGCCCAGGCCGUUGCCUCCGAGCCCCCUCCACAGCCGCCGCCGCCGCCGCCGCCAGUCCCACGGCCCCGCGCAUCCCGGCCCGACAGUGACCCGCUGGGUGAGGACUCCACCAGUCUUGUCUUGGAAGAUUUUGCUGAGUUGCCGGGGUCUUUUAUGGACUAUGUGAGCGAAGCCUCUGGAAACUUCCAGAGUUCUCCCCACUCUCUCUGCAAAGGACGAGCCCCUCUGGCUCCCACUCAGACCCCUGAACUCUAGGGAACAACAGGCUGUUUUGACCCUGAAGCCCCUCCAAGGAAGCUUUAUGCUCACCCAGGUUUCUGACCAGAGACACGCUUUAGCACGCACCGAGACGUC